AUGUACAUUUGCCACUCAAUUCUUACACCUUUCAAAACCAGAAGAAGUUUACACACAUAUAUAUUGAAAGAGUUAUAGUGAUAAGAGAUGGCAUACAAUCUUAUUAUUACACCUUUUGGGUCACCAAAUUUUUGUAGUAGUUUUCUUAAGCCACCACCACCAUUGAUGGCCAGAAACUUCUCUACUACUUCAACAAAAUCUGAUAAUACUUCUAAAACCUGCAAGGCGUCGUUGAUGAUACCAUGUGCGAAAAAGGUAGAAAUCUUCAAAUCAAUGGAGGAAUGGGGAAGAGAAAAUAUUUUACCUUUGUUGAAGCCAGUUGAACAAAGUUGGCAACCGCAAGAUUUUCUACCAGAACCGACAUCAGAAGAGUUCUAUGAGCAAUUGAAGGAGUUGAGAGAGAGAACAAAAGAAGUGCCGAAUGACUACUUUGUGGUGUUAGUUGGGAAUAUGAUCACGGAAGAAGCAUUGCCAUCCUACCAUGCACGUAUCAAUGGGAUCAAUUUCUUCCACGACCGCACGGGCAUGGAUGAGACACCUUGGGCCAUAUGGGCAAGAGGUUGGAGUGCUGAAGAGAAUAGGCACGGUGAUCUUCUUAAUAAGUAUCUUUAUCUCUGUGGUCGUGUUGACAUGAAAAAAGUUGAAACAACAAUUCAUUAUUUGAUUAGAAGAGGAAUGGUUCUCAAAAAUUUUGAGACAGGCGUAGAUAAAGAUAUUGGUUCAGGAUAUAAUCCCUAUGAAUUCACAAUCUACACAUCAUUUCAAGAAAGAGCAACAUUUGUAUCACACCGAAACACAGCCAAAAUCGCAUUCAAAUAUGGUGACACAAAACUUGCCCAAAUAUGUGGCGUAAUAGCCCGUGACGAGAAACAACACGAAACUGCUUACACCAAAAUAGCAUCGAAGCUCUUCGAGCUCGAUCCAAACGACAUGGUUUUGGCAUUUGCACAAAUCAUAAAGGAAAGGAUCACAAUGCCUGGUCACCUAAUGUAUGAUGGCAUUGACCCAAAUCUCUUUGAUCACUUCACCAACACUGCCUCACGUAUUGGGGUUUAUACUGUGACUGAGUAUAGAGAAAUAUUGGAACAUUUGGUGGCCAAAUGGAAUGUUGAAAAGCUUAUUGGGCUUUCUAGUGAGGGAAGACAGGCCCAAGAGUAUCUUUGUGGGCUGGCCCAGAGACUUAAGAGGAUUGAAGAAAUGGUGAAGAGUAAGGCCCAAAAGAAUUCUUCUUCUUUGAUUCAUGUAAGUUGGGUUUUUGAUCGAGAAAGAAUGGUUCAAGUUUGAUGUGAUGGAGUUGUUUUUUGACAUUAUUAUGUAUAUUGUGUGUAGUAAAAUUUAGGGUGUGUUGGAUUAAAAUCUUUAGUAUGGACUCAUAUGUAUUAGUGUGUAUGAAUAAAGUGAUUAUUUUAGUAA